GGAUUCAGAUAUUUGUAUGUAAACAAUUAAUUUUUUUCAUUCUCUUUGCGUUUUAAUUAAUGUGAUUGAUUUAAAUUGUGAUUGAUUUUCUUUCGCUUAUGAAUGUGGUCUGCACCAAUGGACACUAAGGUCACCAUACCUGCUGAGGUACAAGAAACAAUCAGUAAGGUGUUGGUUUCAGAUGAUCCUUUGGACCAAUGUGAUUUUGAUGCCAUUGAUUAUAUUAAUACAAUUUUUCCAACCGAACAGUCAUUAACCAAUAUUGAUGAUGUUUUAUCUAAAAUGAAGGAUAAAAUAAGAAAUUUAGAUCAAGAUAUUAGACGAGUUGUUAGAGGUCAAAGUGAUGUUGAAACUGAAGGUCGAGCUGCAUUGGAUGAGGUGAAAAGGGUAAUCGGUGUAUUGACAAGUAAUAUUGGUGAAAUGAAGGAACAAGCCAAGAAAUCAGAGCAAAUGGUUCAUGAAAUUACUGCGGAUAUCAAACAAUUGGAUAAUGCUAAAAGGAAUUUAACUUCAUCUAUCACCAUGUUAAAUAAUCUUCAUAUUCUCGUUGAAGGGGUUGAUAAACUCAGUGAAGCUUGUUCCAAACGUAAUUAUGGAACUGCUGCUGGUAUCCUUCAAAGUGUAAAUGAUGUUUUAAAUCAAUUGGAUAAACAUCGACAUAUUCCUCAGAUUAAACAACUUUCAAGUCAAUUAAAUGAUAUCACCGAUUCCUUAGCAGAACAGAUUAAAGCUGAUUUUAAAGGUGUACUUGAAGGUAGACCUAAAUCUAAACAAGGAGCUGCUAUUUCACAAAGUCAAUUACGAUUAUUAGCCGAGGCCUGUCUUGUUGUUUCCACCAUGUCUCAAGAUGGUGAUAAAAAUCCUGUUAAAGAUCAGCUUCUUGAAUGGUUCAUAGACUCAGAAUUGGAAGAGUAUAAAGCUUUAUUUCAAGAUAAUCAAGAUUUAGCCUGGUUGGAUAAAAUUGAUAAACGGUAUAAUUGGCUGAAGAAACACCUAAUUGAAUUCGAGGAAAGAUUUGGUCGCAUGUUUCCUCCCAAAUGGGAGGUAAGUGAAUGUAUUGCAGUUGAAUUUUGUAAAUUAACCGCUUCUCAAUUAAGCAAGGUGAUGCUAAAUCGAGCCAACGAGAUGAAUGUCCGUCUACUAUUAUUUGCAUUUAGCAAAACUGUUGCCUUUGAAAAUCUAUUGAAUCAAAGGUUUACCGGAGUAACUUUGAUCAAUGAAGAGAUGAGUAAAGAGAAUUUACUAAAUCCAUUUGCUGGUUUAAUUACUCACUGUUUUGAACCUCAUUUGAAAAUCUAUGUUGAAGCGCAGGAGAAAAAUUUAUCCCAAUUGAUUGAUCAAUUUAUCGAUGAAUAUCAGAAGCAAAAGUUUACCAAUGAUCGAAAUGUAUCAGAAGUUUUUCCUUCCGCUGGAAUCCUUUUCUCACAAUAUAAAAAUUGUCUAGUUCAAUGUGUCCAACUGAGUACCGGUCGUCCUUUGGUUGAAUUAUCGUUUAAAUUCAAGAAAAAUCUGGAAGAUUAUGCGACUCGAGUUCUAAACAACAAUCUACCUCGAAUUAAAACUUCCAGUUUAUCAGCUUCUGGAGUUUCCGUUAUAAAUGCCGCUAUUUCGGCGGCAGGUCUUCUUCAGAUCAGUCUAAAGGAAGGAGAGGUCGUUCGAUACACGAAACAAGAUCUCUGUCAAAUUUGCUGUAUCCUUUUAACUGCUAAUUACUGUCUGGAAACAGUUCAACAAUUAGAGAAAAAACUUCAAGAAAAAGUGGAUAAACAAUAUGUUGAUAAGAUAAACAUGAGCUCGGAACAAGAUUUAUUUCAUAGAAUAAUUUUAAAUUGUAUUGAUUUGCUAAUCCAAGACAUUGAAUCAGGAUGUGAAUUGGGCUUUUCUCUUAUGGUUAAAACUCAAUGGUCAACAAUUGGAACACCAAUUGAUCAAAGUCCUUACGUUAAAUUAAUCGUUGAUAAUUUACAACAAAUAUUCCCUUUUAUUCGUGAAAAUUUACAAGAUGCGAGAAAAUAUUUUACCCAAUUGUGCAAUAGAUUCGCUCAGAUUUUCAUUCCAAAAUUUAUUGGUUAUUUAUUCCGUUGUAAACCUUUACGACAAGAAGGAGCUGAACAAUUACUUUUAGAUACUCAUCUAUUGAAAAAAGUAUUACAAGAACUACCUGGUUGGGAAUCAAAUGUUAAAUCAGCUCCAGCCUCUUAUGUCAAGGAAGUGAUCAGAGGGAUGACCAAAGCUGAGAUGAUUUUAAAAGUUGUUCUGGUUCCUCAUCGAGAUGUUGCUCAUUAUAUUGAAAGUUACAUCAAACUACUUCCUGAUUCCAAUUUAGAAGAAUUUAUCAAAAUUUUAGACAUGAAAGGAGUUCGAAGACCAGAAUCAACAGUUCUAAUUGAUUCAUAUCGAGUAGCACCUAAAGGAGAUGCUAACGAAUCAAAUUCGAUAACACAAACAACUAUCGACCAAGAAUCAAGUAAAAUCAAAAGACUUGAAAAGCUUAUAAAACGAUCUUGAUAACGACGAUAAUUAAUUAAUUAUUAUAAACACAUAAUUUAAUACUUUCUAAAGUAAGCAAAAUUACAAUAAGUUGAUAUAUUUAUGUUGUUUUGUUAAAAAAACAACCAACAAAAUCAAUUAUAUACAAUGUACAUUUAUUGAGGGUGAUCAAAUUAACCUUUAUUUAUAUUAUUAUUUAUAAAUUAACAAUUAGAAUCUAAACUGUCUAA